AAUUCCUGGAGAGCUUGACUGUCGUAGCAUUCUAUCCACACUUCUUCCAGAUAAUCAAGAUCUACAAAUUCGUAAAAUGACUCAAAAAGAAAUACAACGAUUACUAGAUGUCUCACUCAGUCUUCACAUCCAAGACAGUACUCCCAGCAUAAGAGAUAAGGCUCGUCUGAACGCAAUUUCAACCCCACACUCCGGAUCAUGGCUGCGGGCAUUACCCAACACAAAUCUCGGCCUCGUCAUGUCUCGGGAGGAAUUCCUGGUUGCUCUGCGUCUUCGCCUCGGUAUUGCUGUUUUCCCCUCUUCUCCACUUCUUGUUCGGUGUCCAUGCGGUCAAGUAAUUGACAAAUUUGGAGACCAUGUUCUUGGUUGUGGUUCUGGGCCGCUUCGCUUGAAGCGCCACAAUGCUCUAUGUGAUAUUCUGUAUCGAUAUCUGCUAGUGGAUAAUGCUGGGUCUCGUAGAGAACAGUGUUUCUCCAGCGAAAAUAACGACAGGCCUGGAGACGUCUUCCACCCGGAUUUCUUACAAGGAAAAGCUGCUUUUUUUGACAUCUCAGUUAGAAAUUCUUUUACCAAUCAUUUCAUCAACAGUUGCUCUACCAAAGCAGGAGCUGCCGCCGAAGCUGGCGAAGUUCAGAAAGACCUUCGCUACGAUUCAGACGUCACAAGCGCAGGAGCCAGUUUUUACCCUAUGAUUGUUGAGACAUAUGGAACAUGGUCCACAUACAGCUUGGAGAUCAUAAAAGUGAUUGCAAGGAAAACUUCAGUUUUGAACAAAUUACCUGUUAGCAGAAUAGUAUGUAACAUACAUGAACAACUAGCAGUACGACUUUGGCAGUAUAAUGCCAGGAUGGUUUUGGACAGGCUACAUUUGGUCUGUCAUGGAGAGUAAAAUAAAAUAUAUAUAUAAAGAAAAAAAAAAAAAAAAAAAAAAAAAAUAUAUAUAUAUAUAUAUAUAUAUAUAUAUACUGUAUUACCUCACAAUAUCCGGCUUGCCGUUAUAGCUAAGGCUUAGCAGGGAGCCCGACAAAGCCUUUCUGCAACUAAAUCGGCAUGCCGUUAUAGUCAAGGGUGCCUCAAUAUCCAGACUUUCUUGCGCAUCCUCGGUUAAAAGUGCGCAUGCGGCAAUAUGGUGUUACCCAGCGUAUCAUGUGGUGAUGUGGAGGAGGGUUUCAAGGAAGAGGAAAUAGAGGAGAGAGAGGACAAACGCCCAUUACUAGAGAACAGCAGCAAGAAUAGGGUAGGAAGUCAUACACCAUCGAAAAGAAGCUUUGUGCAAUAGCAAAGUGUGUGGUUAAGUCCCGUACAACUUUACCAGUAGCAUUUACUGUUUGCUUUAAACAAUACUAUAUGUACCAUGCAAAUGCGGAAGCAGGCAUGUUGUUGACGUGAUGUGAUUCUCUAUAAAGCUUUAUGUUCUUCCCGUAUAACGGCAUGCCGUCAUACCGGCA